CAGGUUUACAAAUCUGCUUGCAAUUGAUUGUAAAGAGAACACUGUUAUAUAGAUUUUCAGACCAGUAACACGGAGGUUGCUUAUAUUAAACGGAUUUCUCCUAUAUUAGUAUAAUUUCAGAAUAAUGAGGGGUGUUUUUGAUGAAUCAAGAAAUCCAUUAGAUGGAAAAAGCACACAAGAUUUGGAUCAAUUAGUUUGUCAGCUUACCAAUCCUUCUCUCAAUGUAACUGGUAAAUCUCAUUCAUUAGACAUUCUAUCCGUCCCGUCGGAUCGAGAAUUAACGAGAUCUCCCACUGAGCUAUCGACAGAUAUAAAAUAUAAAUGUUCUCUCUCACCAGAAUCUCCAAAGGACAAAAAGUCAGCAAAGAAAAAUUGGAGAAAAAGAAUUUUGGAAAGAAAAAGAUGUCAAGGAAAGAUAGGGUCAUGUGACAUCGACGAAUCUGUAGAGCUAUCAUUUGAUAAAGACACACGUGAUGUCAAAGACAUGUCUUUUGACAGUACAUCGUCUAGAUCAUCUUCAGGUUUGAAAAGUACACAGGUAUCAUUCAACUGUGAUUCGUCAUUAGACGCAUCUGACCUUGACCAACAACCGGAAGCCAGACCGCCAUUUCUGAAGAAGAUUGAUGAUGCUGUGGAUCCGGAACAACAGUCUGAAAUAAAAGCUAUCAACAUGAAUAAAAAAGAUAAGGAGUCCAAACGACAGAGACUGAAGCGGAUAAUCACUAGACCGUUACGGCGGAGUCAAAGUGCAUGCUGUGAAAAUGAAAUCCCAUCACAUGCAUUGUUUCUAGAUUCAAAGGGCAGCAAAUCUAAAGAUACUAUGGAAAGUCGUGCUAUGGACUUACUUCUGUAUCAACGACUUUUUGGUGAGCAGGAAGACAAAACAAAACGAUUCCAUAAGACGUUUUCCGCUGAGUCAGCAUUAACAGAGAAAGAAGAACUUCUCAACAACAACUUUUCUACAAAAUCGAAAUCCAAAAAUUUGGCAAAGAAUAUGAAAAAAAGAUUUCAGUUUCUGAGAAGACAAAACACAGACACAGUAGUGGAUCAAGAAAACUCUUUUUCCUUCUUUAGUGUAACAACCUACGACCAAGCAUUACAAUGGAGCAGAUCAGUCGAGGAUCUCCUUCAUGAUAAAUAUGGUUUAGAACUUUUUCUUGGAUAUCUGCGAUCAGAGUUUAGUGAAGAGAAUUUAGAAUUUUGGAUUGCUUGUGAAGAAUUCCGGUCGUGUAAUGAAUCUAGUAUGACAGUAAUGGCGGAACAGAUCUACAAUGAUUUUGUGGUUUCAAAAGCACCAAAAGAGGUUAACUUGGAUUCCGACACAAGAAUGGAAACAGUUUUAGCAUUGGAAAGUCCUUCAAGAGAUACCUUUGAUGUAGCACAGUACAAAAUCCAAGCUUUAAUGGCAAAAGAUUCCUACCCUAGAUUUCUGGAAUCUGAUCUCUACCAGUUUGUUUUGGAGAAUAUAUCCAAGGCAUAGAUAAAUGAACAUUUUUAACUUAUAUGUGUUUUCCUGUAAAUUUUGCAGAUACAGAGGAUUUUUCAUAUAAUUUUGAUUGAUUAGACUUAAUAGAAGAUUGUAGUCUUUAGUGAAGAAGUAAAUUAUCAAAGCUACUACAUGGAACUUAUUCUUGGAAUAUGACAAUGGAUACUAUAAACAUGUGGAAUUAGGUAAGAAUCUAGUCCCAAUAUGCUAAAAAUUAACCAUGACACGCUAUCAAAAAUAUAAUAGAUAUAGGAAGAUGUGAUGUGAGUGCCGAUGAGACAAAUCUCCAUCCAAAUAACAAUUUUAAAAAAGUACACCAUUAUAGGUCAAUGUACGGUCUUAAACACGAAGCCUUGGCACACACCGAACAACAAGCUAUAAAGGGCCCCAAAAUUACUAGUGUAAAACAAUUCAAACGAGAAAACCAACGGUCUGUUCUAUAUAAAAUAACGAGAAACGAGAAACAGGUAUAAAUUACAUAAACAAACGACAACUACUAUACAUCAGAUUCCUGACUUAGGACAGGUGCAAACAUUAGCAGCGGGAUUAAACGUAUUAAUGGAUCCAAACCUUCUCCCUGCCUAUAAUCCGGACAUGCUAUGUAUUGACCACAUCAUACUUAGUA